AUGGCUUUGGAUGUUGAGAGAAAAGUCAAACCAUGUGGCAGGUGCAUACGAAGGAAGGCGCUGCCUGAGAGAGCUGCACCUUUGGUAGACAUUAACACCACCAAACCCCUUGAGCUCCUCUGUAUGGACUUCCUCUCUCUUGAACCUGACAAAAGUGGGACCAAAGACAUACUUGUGAUUACAGAUCACUUUACAAAGUUUGCAGUUGCCAUGCCAACACCUAACCAAAAGGCGCACACAGUGGCAAAGUGUCUGUGGGAGAACUUUAUGGUGCACUAUGGAACCCCAGAAAAGUUACACAGUGAUGAGGGACCUGAUUUCGAGUCCUACACGAUAAAAGAAAAACCCCAUACCACCCUAGGGGCAACCACCAGGAAUGAGGUGACAGGAUUCACAUCAUAUGAACUGAUGUUCAGACGUCAGCCUCGUCUGCCAGUUGAUUUGGCGUUUGGAUUGCCAGUGCAAGGGGUGUCUCUGCAGGUCACAGGUGAUCUUGGUGGCUCUGUUCUCCUGGCGUGUUCUUCUGCUGAACCUGAUCAAGACACUGAAGUGCAUUGGAGACAGAAUGGUAACAAGAAUGUGUUUGAUAUAAUCAAGGGUACAGAAUCAGUAGAGCAACAGGAUCCACGAUACAAGAACAGAGUUGAAUCUUUCCCUGAAGAGUAUGUGAGAGGAAACUUCUCCAUCAAGCUCAACAAACUUCAAGUCAUUGAUGCAGGAAGAUACACCUGUUUCAUCUCACACUCAUCUGAACAUAAGACUGUGGAGCUGAUCAUCAAAGAGUCAACAGCAGAAAAUGGAACCAAAUCGGCAGCAACAGACAAUGUUACUAAAUUACCUACUGAAGAACCCAAAACAGAUGUGGUGACACCAUUGACUUUGAUCUGGGUUUCCAUCAUAGUAGUUUUAUUAGUAAUGCUUAUAGCCGGUUGUAUAGCCAUUAUCAUUGGCUAUAGGAAAAAAAUUCAAUCUGCCUUAUUCUCUCCUGUCAUGACUGAAGAUAAAGAACCUCGGCAGAUAUAAAUGUGUAAAUGUUUCAAAAGUAAUUGUUAC